CAAACAAGGUGGGGGCAGUUAAGUCUAAAUUUAAUAAUACAAGGUUGCAGGUAGCGCCCUCUAUAUGAUAAAAGGAAGUCCCAUUUCAAAGCUUGACCAUCUGUCAUCAUCACCUUACAUUGUAUUUACACUCCCCAGCCAUUAUAUUAGGUACACCUGUUUACUAUCACGUCGCAGCAGCUCAAUGCAUUUAUGAAGUUGUGGUCUAUUAAAGAUGACCUGAAGCAUCAGAAGGGGAGAGAAAUGUGAUUUUAAGUUAAGAAAAGUAGUACUUUUCCCUCCGUGUUAAGGGUUAAACUUGCAUCUCUGGACCUCGGACUAAAAAAAGUUUAUAUCUAGUGUAUUUUGUGUGAUACUGACCAUGUGUCCGUCCACUGUUUUAGUCUUGAAUACUCAAAUUCUUUGUCAUUUUUUUUCAACAGGUCAGCAGUAAAUAGUCCAAUAACCACUUUGUGGAAUCGGAAUAUAAUAUUUUUUUUUAUCAUAACAGGAAGACUUUUACUUUAAAAAAAGUAAUUUGACGGACAAAUAGUAAAAACAGUGUUGUCCAGCAGCUGCUGUUGUCUCUGUCCUCACAGCGGACAGACAGACAGCGGCUCUGUGUGUGUGAUUAAAGUUGGUGCGCGUGGGAGUGGAGCGCGUGCGACCUCCGUCCUCGGCCUCUGAUUGGUCCACAGCUGUGUGUGAGAGAGAGAGACAGAGCGAGAGCGCUGCGCACUGGGAAAGUCACUCGAUGGACACAACGGAGUACGACAGACUCAGCUCCACACACUCUCCCUCCUGUAACUUGUUGUCAGCGAAGUUGUCGGUUUUUUAUCAGGCGGUUGAAUUUGCUGUUCGGGCGCGUGCGCGCGCGCGUGUGUGUGUGUGUGUGUGUGUUGUAGAUGUUGGUGAGCAGCAGCAGCAGCAGUCGACCACUGUCACUUUUGAUUAAUGGACUCAACACGGACUUCAGCUAAACGCGUUUCUGCCAAGAGGCUCAGACGAGGUUGACUUCAUUCAUUCGCUGUCCAGAUUAAAGGAACAUGAAGUUGUCUUUGGACAGCAUGGACGUCCUGAAGAUUGUGCUGUUCGUCUUCGAGGCUGCCCUACUGACAGAUUGCGCGAGAGGACCUCCACGGGUGUCAGACAAGGUUGCUCACAGACAGUCGGCUCGCCUUGGGAGUGCCAUUAAGCUACCAUGUCCGGUGGAAGGAGAUCCUCCACCCCUAAUUAUGUGGACCAAAGAUGGGCGCAACAUCCACAGUGGCUGGAUCCGUUUCCGUAUCCUUCGCAUGGGCCUGAAGAUCAAGGAGGUGGAGGCAGAGGACACGGGCACCUACAUCUGCAAAGCUACCAACGGCUUUGGUAGCGUCAACGUCAACUUCACCCUCAUCGUCAUUGACGACGCCGGUUCUGAUAAAACUGGACCUGGAGCAGAGUCUGAGCUGGGCGUCGAUGGCUUGACAGACAAAUUUGUACGUCCUCGCUUCACUCAGCCCGCUAAGAUGAGGAAGAGGGUGAUCGCUCGUCCCGUCGGCAGCUCAGUGCGGCUCAAAUGCGCGGCCAGUGGAAACCCUCGGCCGGACAUCGCGUGGCUGAAGGACGACAGGCCGCUGACGGGGCGCGAGGUCGGCGAGGGGCGUCAGAAAAAGUGGACGCUGAGUCUGAGGAACCUGGCGCCGGAGAACAGCGGCAGAUACACCUGCAGGGUCUCCAAUCGAGCUGGAGAAAUCAAUGCCACGUACAAAGUUGAGGUCAUACAAAGGACAAACUCCAAGCCGGUUUUGACAGGCACCCACCCCGUCAACACGACAGUGGACUACGGGGGCACCACAUCGUUCCAGUGCAAAGUGAGGAGUGACGUUAAGCCCGUGAUUCAGUGGCUCAAGCGCUUGGAGACUAACGAGGAGAACCGCUACAACUCCACCAUCGAGGUGGGGGACCACCGGUUUACGGUGCUGCCUACGGGUGAGGUGUGGUCGAGGCCCGACGGCUCCUACCUCAACAAGCUGCUUAUCACGCGCGCCAAAGAGGAGGACGCCGGCAUGUACAUCUGCUUAGGCGCCAACACCAUGGGCUACAGCUUCCGCAGCGCCUUCCUCACUGUGCUGCCAGACACAAAGCCACCCGUCCCACCCGUCUUCUCACCAGCCUCCAGCUCCCUGCCCUGGCCUGUCAUCAUUGGCAUUCCCGCUGGAAUCGUGUUCAUCUUUGGCACAGUGCUGCUGUGGUUCUGCCAGAGCAGAAAACACUGUCCUCCUCCCAGCGCUCCCGCCACAGCAGCAGCAGCAGCAGCAGCACAGGUUCUGCAGAGCUCCCACCGGCUGCCGUAUCGAGAGCGGGACAGAGGCUGCGUGGCUUCUUCUUCCUCGAGCCCGGAGAAAGACUGCGUGAGCUCCAUGAACUAUGAGGAGUACCUGGCACAGCAGCAGCUACUCCUCAACCAGGGAGGACCAACGAUACCCCCUAAAAUCUACCCCAAAAUCUACACAGACAUUCACACGCACACUCACUCUCAUGUGGACGGGAAAGUGCACCAGCAUCAACACAUCCAUUUUCAGUGUUAGCCUCAGUGCCGACUACUUUCCAUUAACUGCUCCGGUAUCUCGGAGGGAGUUUGCAUUGUAGACAGAACAGCAGUGUCAAAUACCUGGCAUUACUCCUAAUAAUAAUACUGAUAAUAAUAAUAAUGAUAAUAAUACAAAGGGACUCUGAAACAGUGGCCAGUGACACACCUUGUGUUCUUGAAUCCUGUCUUCCAUAUACGGUGCUUUUUCACCGUCAGAUCGUCUCACCACUAAAACCCAUUAAUCCUUGUUGUGCACAUGAGACAAAAAAAAAAAAAAAAAAAGAGGACAAGGAGAUCUUGAGCUUGUGAGUUGAACUGCGGCUGUUAAGACCGACUGGAAGGUCUACCUCCUGAGCAGCUGAUUUUUUUAUUUUAUUUUUUGCAUUUUUCUACUAGAAAACGGGAGGUUUUACCUUUCACGUCGUCAGCCGUUGGAGCGCAGGAGGUUUUUGUAAGUCCUGCGCGGUGAUGAAGAUAAAUGGUACUCAAGAUUUACAAAAGGGCUGGUUUUAUGCUCCUACUCAGGUAUUCCUUUUGUUAUUGUUUAAGAUGCAUAAUGUUUUGGAUUGCUGACCACUAUCCUUUAUGUUACCAUUCUCCACCCCUCACUUCUGCACCAUGUUAAAGGUGACAUGUUGAUAGCCUGUCUGUGGCGUGCGAAAAAACACGCCUAAAGACUGCAUUGGCACGGAAAGACCUGUGACUGUCAUUCAGCCCCGUAGGUCGGCUCCCGUCACUCGUCAGUAGCAUGUUGAGAUGAACCAGCAGAGGAUGAGUCUGCUGCUUUGACCGCCGCAGUAUCAACCCCACAGUAUAUGAAGCUGUAGUCAUUCAUAAUCAAAGUGAGUCAUGAAUAUUUAAUUUAUUUUGCUAAAAAAAAAAAUAAGUGUACCAAAAGUUUAUUUUUCAAAGUAAGGCGUUUUACAUAUCUGUAAUGUUAUUAAAGUAUACUGUUGUUGUAUAGUG